AUGUCCAGGAAAUUUAGGCCUUGGCCCAAAGCAAUGAGUGGCUCCCUUGGUUCUCAGCAGGGUGACAGCAUCCGGGGUCCCUGGGUCCGAGGCUGGAAGAGCCUCUGGUCAGGUGUGGGGACUACCAGGUCAGGUGUGGAAGAGCUGUGGGGACUACGGGGGCAUCAAUACCUACACCAGGAGUCCUUGGAACCGGCCCGGUUGCUAACAGAGAAGCCUCUGUCUGAGUGGCCAGUACCUCAGUUCGUCAACCUUUUUCUGCCGGAAUUUCCCAUUAGGCCCCUCAGGGGGCAUCACCAGCUGAAGAUUUUAGGCCUUGUGGCUAAAGGCUCCUUCGGAACAGUCCUCAAGGUGCUAGACUGUGGCCAGAAAGCAGUAUUUGCAGUGAAGGUGGUGCCCAAGGUAAAGGUCCUACAGAGGGACAUCCUGAGGCAGUGCAAAGAGGAGGUUAGUAUCCAGCGACAGAUCAACCAUCCUUUUGUACACUGUUUGGGGGACAGCUGGCAGGGAAAACGGCACCUCUUCAUUAUGUGCAGCUACUGCAGUACAGAUCUGUACUCCCUGUGGUCCUCUGUUGGCUGCUUUGCUGAGGCUUCCAUCCGCCUCUUUGCUGCUGAACUGGUUCUGGUGCUGUGCUAUCUCCAUGAUUUGGGCAUCAUCCAUCGGGAUGUGAAGAUGGAGAAUAUCCUUCUGGAUGAACGAGGCCAUCUGAAACUGACAGACUUUGGUCUGUCCCGCCGCCUGCCCCAGGGAACCCGAGCCUAUACUAUCUGUGGCACUCUUCAGUACAUGGCCCCAGAGGUCCUGAGUGGAGGGCCUUACAACCACGCUGCUGAUUGGUGGUCCCUCGGUGUCUUGCUUUUCUCUCUGGCAACUGGGAAGUUCCCAGUGGCUGCAGAGAGAGAUCAUGUGGCCAUGCUGGCAAGUGUGACCCACUAUGGUUCUGAGAUCCCAGCUUCUCUUAACCAGGGGCUCUCACUCCUGCUCCAUGAGCUCUUAUGCCAGAAUCCCCUCCAGCGUCUGCGUUACUUGCAUCACUUCCAGGUCCACCCUUUCUUUCGGGGUGUGGCCUUUGACCCAGAGCUCCUACAGAAGCAGCCAGUGAACUUUGUCAUGAAGGCGCAAGCUACUCAGCCCAGUCCAUCGGAGUCCAUGAUUUUCAAGGAUUUUGACUGUAACCUGGAGUCCUACCUGGUCCAUCCCAGCCUUGCUUGAGCCCCUCUACUGUAGAUUUGAGCCUAUCUGGGAACCUGAGGGUUUCUUCCACUGCCAUAUCAUUAUGACCACUUUGAUGAUCUGGUUUGUUUUCAAUCUGUAGCCUCUUACCAUUCUGUUAUACUUGUUGGACCAGAGUUCAAAUUUUGAGCAUGCUGCUAUUGGCAGCCACAAUUCCUGACCCCUCACCCUCUAAUACAACCCACCUCUCAAUUCAACAUCUCGUAUCAGAGUGUCGACCUUUUCCUUUGCUUCAUUUCUUCAAUGCUCAUACCCUGAAGCUUUCAGCCAGAGGCUUAUUCUACUUUUCCUGUUCCUUCCCUCUGCCAUAUUUCCUUUCAUUAUUUAUUAGAGAGGGGAGGGGCACAAGGAGACAGAAUCUUUUUUUUUUUUUUUUUAAGAUUUUAUUUAUGUAUUUGACAGAGAGAGAGAUCAGAAGUAGGCAGAGAGAUGGGGGAAGCAGGCUCCCUGCUAAGCAGGGAGCCUGAUGCAGGGCUCUAUCCCAGAACCCUGAGAUCAUGACCUGAGCUAAAGGCAGAGGCUUAAUCCACUGAACCACCCAGGCACCCCAAGGAGACAGAAUCUUAAGCAGGCUCCAUGCCCAGCACAGAGCCUGACAUGGGGCUCAGUCUCUCGACCCUGAAUUCAUGAUCUGAGCUAAAAUAAGGAGUUGGAUGCUUAACCAACCAAGCCACUCAGGCUCCCCUGCCAUAUUUCCUUUCUUGAGCAAUAUUAACACUUCAUAGGGACCUUAAGGUGCUAUUUAUAGACUUGUUGGAAGCAGUAUGAAUGUUUUUCAAAGGUCUCAUAAGCUGGCAUUUAAAAAAAAAUAUUUGACAGACAUCACAAGUAGGCAGAGGCAGGCGUGAGGGGUAGGCAGGCUCCCUGCUGAGCAGAGAGCCCGAUGUGGGGCUCCAUCCCAGAACCCUAGGAUGGCAACCUGAGCCAAAGGCAGACGCUUUAACCCACUGAGCCACCCAGGUGCCCCAUAAGCUGGCAUUUUAACCCCUAAAUAUGCAGUUAAAACAUAAAACCUGGGGGCUCAAAGCCUGUCUGUAACAUCUAAUUUUUAAAAAUUUCAAAAGUGAAAUGUAAGGAAUAGGAAUAGGAACUGAAACAAAUGUGGGUUAAAUGUCUUCUAGGGCUGAUUGGGAUAGCUAUUGAAUUUUUUUUUCCAAGACAAAACCUCUUCAAAAGACAAGAUUCUUAAACUGAUCAUUUUCCUAGAUAACCUAGGAUUCACAUUCUGAUGGACAAACCAAGGGAUUAACAGGCAUGACGUCAACCUUCAGAUUUAAGGUUAGAUGUAUUUCGAGAACCUUUUCCUAAAGGAAAAGGUAAAUCAUCUGGACCUUAAAUUUGUAUGUAUUUCUGGCGUUUACUGACUUCUUUUCAUUUUUCUUAAACUUCUCAAAACCAUUAAAAUUUUUUUUAUUUAUGUAUAUAAGUAAUCUCUACACCCAAUGGGGGGUUCAAACUUCCAACCCUGAGAUCACAAGUCGCACGCUCUUCUGACUGAUGCAUCCAGGAGGCCUUCAAAGUCUUCAUUUUCAUUAUUCUUCAGUUAUAUCUGAUCUCUCUUUACAGACCGAAAAGAGUCUGGAACACCCUGUAUACAUGUGUUUAUUAAUUCUGUUCCUUGGAUUAAGCCAGAUUUUCCCUGUACAAAGCUGGCAUUUUAUGGCCUCUGCAAAAUUGCUUUCUCUGGAUUGUACUUUAGCAAUCUAGGAAAAUCCCUAUGAAAUUUAACUGCUGUGGAUAUACUAUAAAGGUUGUUCAUUAUAAUUCAUAAUGUUAAUUUAAGUAUGCAUGGGAGAAAUUUCCUCUGGACCCAACUGUGCUUUUCCUAAAUUGCUAUUUGGUUUUACCUUAAAGACACUAAAUAUUCAACAGACUGUAUUUUUCUCUUCAUAUCACUGCUAGGCCACUUAAAGCCUAAUUUGUAGUCUACUUCCAGCAAGUGUUUAGGAUUUCAUGUUGUAUAUUUUGUGUGCUAGCCACAUUUUUGGUUCCAUCUUUGCUACCUUUAUUUUCUUUUUUUCUGUUUCUAAAUGAAUAAUAAAAUCUAACAUUAAUCCUUUUAUCUCAUUUGUUUCUCUUUAGAUACUAUUUUAGCUUUCUUAAAUUUUUUUGUAAAAGUUGUAGUGACCACAACUGCAUAUUGGAUAAAAACCCUGAACACUAGAAAUAGGAAUUAAUGGUUUCUGAACUCAUUAAGAGUAUUAGACUUGUGCUUAGAUCCACCAAUAACUAUCUCAGAGUCUUUAAACAGUUUUGAACUUCUCUGGAUCUUAGUUUCCUAUAUAUAAAAUGAGGAGGUUAUAAUCACUGGUUCUUGAUUGAAGGGGAUUGGGCUUCAGAGUUCUGUGAUGCUUUUUCAAAGGGAAGUUGUAGAUGAUUUUAUGAUGCUUUGUGUCUGGUCCAGUGUUAAUGUUCAGGUCACCUACCAUUAUAUAGCCUCUCUGGUCACAACCAGCAUAUUGGGUGAAGGUCUUUUGGACAUGGUUGACAUGUCUCUAGGGUCCCUUUCUUAGGUAAUAUUAGGUAGCUUUGGGACCAUAAUUAUAUAAGUGUAAUUUGGAUCAUUUAUCAAAUGUGGACAUUUUUAAUCAGUGGAUCAUUGUAGUAAUGAUUAUCAAUGUAGAGUGGAGGGGGUGACAGAAAAUCGAAGUUUCAGAAAGUAUAAUUUGAAAAAGCACUGUCUUCACCCCCCAGUUUUGAUAUGCUUAUCUCUGGAAGGCAUUCUUUCCUGCUAUCCUCCACCCCCAUUUAAAAUCACUGACCUAUAAAUAUAAUAGGUUGUACUUAUCCACAUGAAAUCCACUUAAAAAUACUUUCAUAUACCACCUGAUAUCACCUCUUAACUCUGUUUUUUCAUUAUCUAGAGGAAGUCAGAUAUAGCUAUCAAUAUGGAUAUUUUAUGCUGUACUCCCUUCUGUCUUUUCUAAAUAUGUAAGAUUCAUCUUAACACCAAUCCGUAUAGUCUUCUAGAAAAGUGUUUAUAAUUCUACUCAUUGUUUCUUACCUCUGAAUUUCUUUACCUUGUAUCGAUCUGUUCAUUUCUUCGUUAAUUUAACAAACUGGUAAUCACAAUUCCUUAGUUACUUAUUUAAAUAGAGUCUUCAGUGUAAAAAUCUUGUCAAAGCUUUUUCAAAAUAAAGUCAUAUUCACUGCAUUAUUAAUCCCCCUUACAAGCUGAAUUGUGUCUACACUGCAGUCUGCCUUCCUGCAUUCAUACGUUGAAGUCCUAACCCCCACCCCACCCCCCCGUACUUCAGAAUGUGACUGUAUUUGUAGAUAGUCUUUAACGAUGUAAUUAAGUUAAAAUGAGGUCAUGGGUUGGCCUUAAUCCAAUGAGUGGUGUCCUUAAAAAGAAGAAAUUAGGACACAGACACACACACACACACACACAGAAGGAAGACGGAGCGAAGAUACAGGGAGACAACAGCUAUCUGCAACAAGCCAAUGGGAAUGCCUCAGAAGAAACCAGCUCUGUUGACACCUUGAUCUCACACUUAUAGCCCCCGGAAUUGUGAGAAAAUAAAUUUCUGUUGUUUGUGCCA